AUGGCCAGUGUUGAGGUUGCACACCAAGCUCCACCAACAACAGUGCAAGAAAAUGAAACAACACCCGAGAUCAUCAAGACAGAGGAAACAAUUCCAGAACAACAACCAGCCACUGAAGUUCCUGCUACAGAACAACCAGAAUCCGAAGUUCCUGCAACCGCAACCGAAGUACCAACGGAAGAAACAACCGAAAAACCAACAGAAACAGCUGCAGCAGAAGAAGCUGUAGAUGCUCCAGAAACCCAAGAUCCACUUGAAGUUGAGAGCAAGGAAGUGGUAACAGAGGAAGCAAAGGAGGAGAACUCGGAAGCACCUAAAGAAACUGAGGAAUCGGUUGAAGAAGUGAAGGAAGAAGCAGAAGCAGUAGUGGAGGAGCCAAUAGCAACUACUGAAAAUGAGUCAGCAGCACCACCAGCAGCAACUGCAGCGGAUGUGAUUGAGAACAAAUCAGUUGAAUCAGUGGAAGCUCCAGCAGCAGAGGAAGUUCCAGUUGAGAAUCCAGAAGCUUAA